AUGCCUGGGACAAAACGCUUUCAACAUGUCAUCGAGACCCCUGAGCCAGGCAAGUGGGAGCUGUCUGAAUAUGAAGCAUCCUUGCCGAUCACAGAAAAGUCGAAUCCUCUGACCAAGGAUUUAGAUAAGGCGAACGCUGAACAAAUUGUCCAGCUUCUGGGGCAGUGUGAUGCUGAGAUCUUCCAGGAGGAGGGAUCAGCCAUGCCUGCCUACCAGCGGCUCUACAGUGAAUCGAUUUUAACAACCAUGGUACAUGUGGCUGGAAAAGUUCAGGAAGUACUGAAGGAUCCUGAAGGGGGUCUCGUCGUUCUGAGUGGAGGGGGAACCUCAGGCCGGAUGGCGUUUCUUAUGUCGGUUUCCUUUAAUCAACUAAUGAAAGGCUUGGGACAGAAACCUCUCUACACCUACCUCAUUGCAGGGGGCGACAGGUCUGUGGUGGCCUCUAGGGAGGGAACUGAGGACAGCGCCUUGCAUGGGAUUGAAGAACUGAAGAAGGUUGCUGCAGGAAAGAAACGAGUGAUUGUCAUUGGCAUUUCUGUUGGACUCUCUGCUCCUUUUGUGGCUGGUCAGAUGGAUUUCUGUAUGAGUAACCCAGACAUCUUCUUGCCUAUUUUGGUAGGGUUCAAUCCAAUAAACAUGGCUAGAAAUGAUCCCAUCGAGGACUGGAAUUCUACAUUCCGUGAAAUUGCAGAAAAGAUGCAGAAGCUGCAAGAGAAACAGAAAGCAUUUGUGCUCAACCCUGCAAUUGGACCCGAAGGACUCAGUGGUUCCUCCAGAAUGAAGGGUGGAAGUGCCACCAAGGUCCUUCUAGAGACUCUGCUGCUGGCAGCACACAAGACUGUGGACAGAGGCAUUGCAGCCUCUCAGAGCUGUCUACUGGAGAUCUUGAGAACAUUUGAACGAGCACACAAAGUCACCUACAGCCAAGGCACCAAGAUUGCAGCACUGAUGAAGCAGGCAAGCACCAGUCUGGAGAAGAAAGGUCGAGUAUAUCUGGUUGGCUGGCAGACUCUUGGUAUUAUUGCCAUCAUGGAUGGAGUGGAGUGCAUACACAGCUUUGGUGCAGAUUUCCAAGAUGUUCGUGGCUUCCUAAUUGGGGAUCAUAGUGACAUGUUUAAUCGGAAGGAAGAACUUAUUGCCCAGGGUCCACAGUUCUCCUUUUCCCAAGAAGAUUUCCUCACUUCUAUCUUGCCAUCCCUCACUGAAAUUGAUACUGUGCUCUUCAUCUUUACCCUGGAUGACAACCUCGCAGAAGUGGAAACAUUGGUGGAGCAAGUGAAGAAGAAGACUUCUAAUAUCCAAGCCCUGGCACAUAGCACAGUGGGGCAGUAUUUACCAUCUCCACUGAAGAAACUCUUUCCAUCCAUUAUCAGCAUCACCUGGCCCCUGCUUUUCUUUGAAUAUGAAGGGAAUUUCAUCCAGAAGUUCCAGCGUGAGUUGAGCACCAAGUGGGUGCUGAACACAGUGAGCACUGGGGCCCAUGUUCUUCGUGGGAAGAUCCUUUAUAACCAUAUGUUGGACCUACGACUGCGCAACUCCAAGCUCUUCUGGCGGGGUUUGGCCAUGCUGCAGAGGUUUUCAGGACAGCCCAAGGCUCAAUGCAUUAAUAGCCUUCUCAAGGCCAUCCAUUUUCCUCAAGAAGUGUCAGAGGAGAUCCAGGCAGCUCCUAUUUCCCACCACAUUCAGGUUGCACAUGAGAAGGAACAGGUGAUCCCCAUUGCACUACUGACUCUCCUAUUUCGAUGUUCCAUCCCAGAAGCGAAAGCCCACCUUUCUGCUUCCCCCUCUGUUUGUGAGACCAUUAGGAAUGUCCUUCUCCGACUUGGUCGGAAGCGCAGUGCUGACUCAAUCGAUACUCUCAAGAUGACCAUUGGAUAGCUCGGCAGAUGGGAAGGGAACUCAGUUUGUGGAGAGGGGACCAUCACACAAAGAGGAGGGAAAAAGAGCAAAAUACUUCAAAGCUUAGGGCCCCCCUGGUUGGGGGAGAGGAAGAUACUUCCAGGAGGUAUGUCCCAUUCCAGAUUUUGGAGAAAUAUCUGUUCUGCUGCUUCCCUUGAUUUCCUCUUCUGAAAAAAUGUGGUAAUUAGGCUAGACAAUCUCUAAUAUUUACCUUUCAGCUUUUCAAUUCUGUGAUGCUAUGAAUGGGAAAUUCCUGACCACAUAAUAUGUAUCUCUGAUCGUUGCAGUCUAUUCUUGUUUCAGAA